UGAACAGUCCGCGACAUCCCUAAUCAGUAUGCACCAUUUAUAAGGCUAUAAUUUACAGGAUAUUCAUGGCUCGUGUAUUAUAAUUUUAUCAGCACCUUUAUUCAGAUAAAGAUAUUUUUUUAGAAUUAAGCAGAACAUAAUCUUUCAUCAGAAAAAUCCAUUCAAUAUGGUGCCAGCGUGCUUCAUCAGUGUUCCAGCUUUCUCAAGGGUAGUAGAAUGCUGUAAUAUCCACUACCCUUAAGAAAGUCAGGACACUGACGAAACCUGUCGCUGAUAAUCAGCUGAAAAAUUCAGGGUUUUCGUCCGAUAAUAAGAAUUGACAUUCGAUUUUGUCAUGACAUUUUGUCGCUCCAAUUUUUUCGAGAAAAACUAUUCAUAAAUAAGUUACAAUUGUGGAAGGGAGCUUGGUCAGAUUUGUUUUCAGGAAAAAAUUAAAUAAAGUUUUGGUAGGCCCCCUAAUCUUUUUUAUCUAGAGAUUUUAGUGGAAUUAAGUGAAAAUUUAAAUUCACAGCAUAAAUGUAAAGCUUCAGAGGAAGGUCCUUCGCUAUACCCAGUGUGGUGAGAUACCUGGGAAAGUCCAGAAGGAGCUUACAAAUCUCCCAUGUUCCUAACAGAGUGGUUCCGGGCAGUGACUGACUGGACAUGGGGGGGGCCCACCAGGUCACUAACCUCUGCCCCCCCGAGAGCAUACACAAACGUCGGCACGUACACGAACCCCAGUGCAAAUGCACCAACGCAUGCACAACAUGGGAAACUCACACAAUCCUCCCUGCCUCACUCUCACCCUCCCUCAGGGCUGUCUGCUGAUGCUGCUUCUGCAGGGGACCACUUGCUGCCGCUGGCACCACGUUUAUGUCGCAGCUGUUAGCGGAGAACCAUGCCCACACCUACGUGGCCAUUGCCUCUUGUUUGGUGGGAGAGCGAUCCCUGGGCUUGUGCUGGAAGAACGCAAACACCGUAGCUGCUGCAGAACCCAUCCGGGAGUAGAAUUCUCACGGUGGCACCAGGGUCACCUCAGGGGAUGGGGGUGGGCCCACAAGGGCCCUCAGGGUUUUUUCCUGGUGUCCAGCCGGCCGUGUCUGAUGCUGGUUCCGGGACUGCUAGUCCAACCCAGGUGUUUUAGGUCUACCUGAGGCACUGGCGUUACUAUAGACGAGGAAGCAGGUCUGUUUCCUCAAUAGUCUUGAAAACCCCUCUCCUGACUGUCGGAUGAAAUCGCCGCAUGCUGUAACUUAGGGCAUUUAAAUCAACUGUGUGACUAUUUAUAUUUGCACCUUACAUUAUUCACAUUAUCAACUAUCAGUCAACUGGCUGAUUCUACAGCUGUAGCUAAAGUCAUAGGGGCCCAUAUUCUAAGGUUCGAAGUGAAAUUUCGAAUUCAAAAACAUUGAAUUUCCUAUAACCUUUCUGAGUUAAAAGUUUUGAGUAGUCAAAGUAUUUUUUUUGUAAAAUCGUUUAAUUCGAACAAUUUCAUUGAUCGAUCAAACGAUUUUUACUUCACUCAAAAACGGCUGUGGUAUUGGUCAAUGGCAAUAGUUCUUGUAGUGGAAAAAAUACCACGUCUUGUACAUUGGCUUCCUGCAGACUGCUUACCUAUACAACUGAUGUGUAGUGAUGAGUGAAUCUGUCCCAUUUCGAUUCGCCAUAACAUUCAAGAAAUGCAUUGAAGUCAAUAGGCAUCAACAUUUUUUUACGCGCAACAAAUUUUUUUAGCUCCAAAUACACUGAUUGAAGACAAUGGGCGUUUUUUCUUAUGGCUUUUUUUUUGUCCAAACGCAUUUAAAGUCAAUGGGAGUUUUUUUCUUAUGCCUCAUAUUUUAUCAGUCUUAUUAAAAACAAUAUUUGCUCUCAACCUAAAAUUAGCUGUCACAUUUAUGUUAAAAUGUCCUGGGUACCAAAGUUCGGGUUUUGUUUUGAUUUGACCUUCAUAAAAAUGCCAUACCAUCACAUCCACCAAACUCCUAUUCCACCUCUCUCCCAACUUUGUGACAAUUUCAAUAUUAUACUAAGAAGCAUUUCCCUGGCGAACAUCUGGCCUCAUUGGUAGCCUUAUGUCCAGCUGCUAAAGACUUUGAUGCAAUUAAGCGUAAUGUACUUUGCAAAGUUCAUUGGGCAAAUAGAGGUUUCAUGACAUAUAUUUUUGGAGCUGGAGGAGAGAGAACUAUAUAAAUGAAAUAGAAAUUACAGGUGAAAUGUAAUUGAUACAAAUAUACUACAAAAUCUUGUUAGAUUAGUAGAGUUCCAAAGAAGUUUGUUUUCAAUAUUGAAUAUUACUUCGGGUGGUAGUGUCUUGUAAAUUAAAGGGCCACUAAAAGCCACUUCUGUUAACUGUUAAUGUAAUUCCAGUUACCGUACUUAAGAUUUGGCCCCCCUGAACCUGCUCUGAUGCCAAUUUGUUAUAAUUUAAUAUAAUUAUAUUUUUGCGUAGUUGUACUAAAACCAAUGCAACCUUAUAUUAGGAAUAUUUCAUCAAUGUCCCAAUUUAAAAGUGAGUGUUGACAUACAGUAGAUGAGACAUUGAAGUCGCCUCAAUUAAAAAGUUUUCUAAUGUUUUUUUUUUUUAAAUGUUGAUUGAAUAGUAUGUAUUAUAUAUUGUAUGUUGGGCCAUAACAUUACUCACUUUUCUUCCAGAACUGGUAGAAUGUCACAGGCUAAACAUAAACUCUUUAGUACCAUUUUGGUUUUAUCAGUAACUUUUAUGGUAAGCUUCACCAUACAUCGGACAUAUUUCAAGCCUCUGAAAUUGCAUUACCUUGAAGUAAAAAACGCCAAGCAACCUUUUCCUGCUAGUGAAAAUGAACAAAAAAUAACAGACAUAUAUAAUUCCAUGAACAGCAGAAUCACCAAUGUCUCUUUCGUGUAUAUAAAUAGAACAACCAGUGCUAAGAACAGCAAAGCAAUCCUACUAGAUCACUGGAAAAAGUACUGUGUUGGAGAUUCUUUAACCAUCCAACUUGACAUGUUUGAUUACAUUGGUAAAAAGAAGAUUUAUGGAGGAGAUUUCUUAAGGGCGAGAAUCUUUUCCCCAAAACUUGGAGCUGGAGCUUCUGGAAUAAUAGAAGAUUUAAAUAAUGGAACAUAUCAUGUACACUUUACUCUGUUUUGGGAAGGAAAAGUACAAAUAUCCAUACUAUUGAUGCACCCUAGUGAAGGAGUGGCAGCGUUAUGGAGAGCACGCAAUUCAGGUUAUAAAAACAUUAUCUUCACUGGAAAAUUUCUUAAUAAAACUAAAGAGGUGCACACAGAAUGUGGUUUUGAUUUAGAUUCACAAGAAGAAAAAUGUAGAUCUGGAGAAGAAGGAGAAAACUUUUACUGCAUCAAACCCCUCGGUGUACCAUGUGAGGCUUUUAUCUCAGUGAAGAGUAACAACAGACCUCACGCCUAUCUCACUGAUUUGGAGAAAAGACUUUUUAUUAGAUCAAAUAUUGCUGCAGUAAUUCCACAAAACAAUGGAAGUAUUGAUGUUUUGAAAUGCCAAAGAAACAGUGGAGAAGUAAAGUCAAAAUGCUCAGUUGGAAUGUCUCCACCAUUCCCAGGCGGUUAUUUCCUGAAUAAUGUUUGGCACCCUGUGUUCUGCAACCUUUCUACAUAUGAACCACAGUCUCUCGUGGACAAAUGCUUUUCCAAAAAAAAGAUUUACCUUAUGGGAGAUUCAACCAUUCGACAGUGGAUAGAAUAUUUACCAAGCAUUAUGAAAGACCUGAAAUUUUUUAAUGUUGAUGGAAGUGGAUGGCAUAGGACACACAUAGCUAUGGACAUGAAAAAGAAUAUUUAUAUUCAGUGGAAAAAACAUGGACACCCAUUUGUAACUCAGAGCUUUUUUACAGUAAAAGAUUAUACUUCUGUCCCUCAAGAGAUAGACCGACUUGCAGGGGGGGCAAACACUGUUAUUGUCAUUGCUCUUGGACAACACUUUCGACCUUUUCCUAUUACCCUGUUCAUCAGAAGGCUUCUUAAUGUACGCAAAGCCAUAGAACGACUCUUUAUUCGAAGUCCUGAUACAAAGGUGAUAAUCAAAUCUGAAAACACCAGAGAAAUAAACACAGACGUGGAGAGAUUCAGUGACUUUCAUGGCUACAUUCAGUAUCUGUUGGCAAAGAACAUCUUCCAUGGACUGAAUGUAGGAGUUAUUGAUGCAUGGGACAUGACAGUUGCAUCGGGGUCAUUAAACCUUCAUCCAUCUAAACCAAUUCUUAAAAGCCAAAUAAACCUGUUUUUUGAGUAUUUAUGUUAAUUCUUCUAUGUAUCAAUUAUUUUGAUGUUUUGAUUGUAAAUAAUUCUGAGAAAAUAUUAUUUGAUUGUAUCUUUGAUCCAAGGAAAGUCAGGUUUUAUCUAUUCUCUUAUUUAGAUUAUUUAUUUUAUUACUAUCUAAAAUUGUAUUUUGAAUUUCCAUAACAAUUGUAUAAUAGGUAAUUUAUCUAAGAAAAUUAAAAAAUGUUAUUUAAUGUGUGUGUGUUUUUUUUUUUAAAUCUUUCAAAUGUAUUUUGCGCAACCUCACCACAGACGUCUAUUGUAUUCAGUUUUUAUUAAACAGAAAUGGUCUUAGUAUAUCACCAAGAUUAGUUCUUUGGAGAAAACACAUCUCUUAUGGUCUGAGCAGACUGAAGGAAUCUACAACAGGAAAAUACAAAUAGAGGCAUAAUAAUGUGUUCACAGAGUGUGACAGGCACAAACUCUACAGAGGGUACUUCAUUUCCUUACCAUGUGGGGAAGUGGAUAACAUAUUCUGUAAAGAUGGAAGCACAGCACUACCAAAUAAAAUAAAGCUUUUAUUACGGCAGAUAUUCCCACUAUCCAGCUGCAGGAAUUAGCUCAAUUAUUCGGGCUAUUCAAGCCUGCUUACCCCACACCCUGAUGUUGGAUCAUUGGCCAAUCUGCCAAGUCCAUGCCUUGUGUUCCUGUGCAUGAGUUGUUACUGUUACUGAGAUCUUGUUCCUGAUCCUGUUCUGUAAGUCCUGCUCCUGCCCUUGUUCCUGCUGAUUUGACAUCCUGGAUUGACCUUGGCCUGUUAUCUGACUCUGCAUGUUUUCUACCUGACCCGACCUUUCGGCCUGUUUUCUGGAUUCUUGUUGUCUGAUGGCUGCCCUUGACUUUUGGCCCCUCUUAAGGUCUUUGAUCCAGGGUCGAACUUGGCCAGCGGGACAUCAGGAAAAAACCCGGUGGGCCCCGCCGGCUGAAAUCUGCACCAAUAUCCCAGUUCCAGUGGCUUCUUUCCUGCCGCAACCUCCCUUUUCUGGAAAAACAUAGUGUGUGCGUGCGGCAGCGCUUAUGUGCACACUCAUGGAGGUGUGCAUGCACAGCAAUGCAGAGAUGUAGUGGAGGGGGGACUGGUACAGCAACCCUGGUGGGCCCCGGGCCCCCCAGUCUGACCCUGCUUUGAUCUUUGAUCUGGCCAGACUUUUGCCUGAAUUUUGAGUUUGUUUGUGCCUGUUCUAUAUUUUCAGUUUAUUAUUAAAUCUUGUUGAAACCUAUGCAAUGAUUUCAGGUUUUUUUGCACUUUGCGUGAAGUAUUGCAAAUGAGCCGUCGUCUUAAAUUAGAGAUUACUGGCCUUUAUUCCUGCCCAUCACCGCUGGUUGGGUAGAGCUGUGAGCAUAUAUUCCAGAUGUAGCACUGACUGCAUUCCACCCUAGACUUGAGCCUUUGUGGCCAUUCCAUAAAUCUGGUUCUAAAUAGUUAUGCUUUUAAAUGAGAAGGAAAGGCUAAAAUUAAGUAAGCUUUA